GUUGGAGAAUACGUAACUAAACGUAACGCCACACUCCAACCGCUCGGUGGUGGUGGUUGAAGGGUUUUGUGCGGGUCAUGGAGGAGGAAGGUAAAUAAAAGAGCAGCGCUGAUAAACACACAGCAGGCUGUUGGGUUUUUUUUUCAGACGUUUACCGGGAGUGGAGGUUUGACACUGCUCUGAUAAAAGCGGACGGAGAGGACCACACCACCGGGAGAAGAGAGGCUGUCGGUUACGGCUCCAGCAGCUGCUGUCGGCGUUCUCAGGUGGUCUGAUUGGGUUUGCCUCAUCCUUGUGUUGCCAUGGCGAUGCGGGAGUUGGUAGAGGCAGAAUGUGGGGGAACCAAUCCCCUCAUGAAGUUGACCAGUCACAUGACCAAGGAAGGGGGGGCAUGGCGGCACCGCUCAACACCUACAAUUCCCCCCACUGCUAUAGAAAUUGCAACUGAAGAAGAGCUGGUGAAUGAGUUCCUUCAGGCACCACCACGUCCCCCACACACAUUUGACAUGGGUCAGCUGUUGGAGGAAAUGCAGCAGAUUGACCAGCAGAGCUACAGACAAGCUCCUCAGAGAGCUCCAGAUGUGGCAGCGUUGGCCCUCUCUGGUGACUGGGCGGCUGAGUUCGUCUCAGGUCCUGACACUGCAUCCGCCCCGGGCCUCAGCGCUCUCGGUGAUGCAGCAGAUGCCGACUGGACGAGAGAAUUCAUCGCUGAGGCUGCAGAUCCUGGACGCUGGGCAGAAGAGUAUCUGGAACAGUCGGAGGAGAAGUUGUGGCUGGGAGACCUGGGAGACAAGGAGAAUGAAUGGACAAAAGAAUAUCAACCAGGAGAGGAGCUGAGGCAGACCGCUAAUGAGCUCGUCUCAAAGGUUGAUGACCCGAAGUUACAAAACACAGAGUUCCUGCGAUUCAUUAGGCAGAUUGGCGAGGGCAGUGUGACAGUGGAGAGCAGAACAGACAAACAGCUCACAGAUAAGGCUCAGGCCGAGGAGGCUCAGAACUGGGCCUCCAACCUCAACCAGUUCCUGACGGAGACGGGGGGAGGGAGUCUUCCCUUGGAACCCGCAGAGAGGGAUCAGAAGAUUGAGAAAGUUAAAGCUAAACAAGCAGAGCAGUGGGCCAAGGUCGUCAGGCAGGUGUCAGUGGACUCAGCUGAGGCCUGGGUGGAUGAGUUUGCCACAGCAGGACCAGAUUUCCAAGAAGCUAAAGCUGCAGUCGAGAGUGAUGUGGAUUUCUGGGAGAAGCUGCAGCAGGAGUGGGAGGAGAUGGCAAAGAGGGACGCAGAGAGCCAUCCCUGGCUGUCUGACUUCGAUCAGCUACUCAGCACUUCUUAUGACAAGGGCUAUCAGUUUGAAGAGGACAACCCUUACUUAUCCCACCCGGACCCUUUGUCAGAGGGAGUGAAGAGGAUGGAGGCAGGCGACAUCCCGGGUGCUGUACGGUUCUUUGAAAGUGCUGUACAGAGAGAACCAGACAACCAGCUGGCUUGGCAAUAUUUGGGAACCUGUCAGGCAGAGAACGAACAAGAGUUUGCUGCCAUCAGCGCCCUCCGCAGAUGUAUAGAGCUAAAGAACGACAACCUGACUGCUCUGAUGGCGCUGGCUGUCAGUUUCACUAACGAAUCGCUGCACAGGCAGGCCUGUGAGACUCUUCGCGACUGGCUGAAACACAAUCCAAAAUACCAUUCUGUGUGGGAGCAGAAUGAACUCGAGCGCCAAAAGGAAGGUGCCAGAGACAGGAACAAGGAUAGGGAGCGGUUCGGAUCACUGCUACCAGAAUCUUUGUUCACUGAUGUCCAGUCCCUGUUCCUGCAUGCAGCCAACUCUGAUCCCUCCCAGGUGGACCCACAGCUGCAGUGUGGUCUGGGAGUUCUCUUUAACCUCAGCGGGGAGUACGAUAAGGCGGUGGACUGUUUCAGCGCCGCUCUCUCUGUCACACCACAGGACUACCUGCUGUGGAAUAAGUUGGGUGCUACGCUCGCUAAUGGUAGCCGCUCAGAGGAGGCCGUGGCUGCCUACAGGAGAGCUCUGGAACUGCAGCCCGGUUUUGUCCGCAGUCGCUACAACUUGGGAAUCAGCUGCGUCAACCUAGGAGCACACAGAGAGGCAGUGGAGCACUUCCUUGAAGCUCUGUCUCUACAGCGCCAGGCCGCCGGGGACAGAGCGAGAGCUGUGAGGGGGCCUGGAGGUGCCGCAGCCACCAUGAUGUCUGACAACAUCUGGUCCACCCUGCGCAUGGCUCUAAGCAUGAUGGGAGAGAGCUCUCUGUAUGCUGCUGCUGACCGUCGGGACUUGGACACAUUGCUGGCUCACUUCUGCCAGAGAGAGGUGGAGGGUGGGACUGAAUGAAGGCCGGCUGGGGGGAGGGGGGUUAUUGAGUGUGAGUGUUUUUUGUUGGGAGGUAAAUGUUUGGGUGACUUGAGUGAACAAGAGAGCGAUCAGAGUGGUAACGGUUCCAGAGAAAAGUAGGAGGAAGACACUGUGAAUUAUCCAACA